CUUUCCUUCCCCUCGCUUGCGCGCUGCCCUUCCUUUCCCUGGAUUUCUGUCUCCUGCUGGUGCUGCGCUUGUCCGGAGGGGCUUGUUCUUAGCCUUCUGUGCUGGAAAUCCUGCCAGUGAAUGUUUCUGUGCUGCCUGCCACGUCCCUGGGGAGAAGGCCUGGGAAUGCAGUGCUGGAGGAGACCAAGACAGCUAUUGUUCCCCACGGCUGCCGGGUGCUUUCUUUAGCUGGCAGAGCCUCCCUGCGAGCUGCUCCAUGUCCUUGCCGGAGCCUCCCCUGCACCCCGGGGCCCAGGAUCCUGUGGCGCUGGAGAGGAGAGGCUGCAGUGCUGCUGCUGGAAGGCUCAGACGUGUUUUCAGUUUGCCUCCCGCUUAUCUCUGCUGUUUGGACAGAGAGGUUUAAAAGGCUGGAUUUUCUGUCCCUGCAGAGUAAACACACAGACCCGGGCAGCACAAACUAUUUCUGGCUUAUCAGUUGAGGAAUGCAGCAGCUGAGGAUUAGCGGGAGUGGGCCGUCAGGAAGGCCCUGAAGGGGCCCCCUCCCCACUCCGCUCUAUUAGAAGUGUGAGAGCCCAGCAGGACUCAGAGGGGAGAGUUGGAGAAAAAGGCAGAAAAGGGAAAGAAAGAGGCAGAGGGAGAGGAGAGAGGCUGAGCCGACCCGAUGGCCACGGAUGAAGUUGCCGGCGGGGCUCGCAAAGCCACGAAAAGCAAACUUUUUGAGUUUCUGGUCCACGGGGUGCGUCCUGGGAUGCCAUCAGGUGCUCGAAUGCCCCAUCAGGGGGCACCAAUGGGUCCCCCAGGCCCUGCCUACGUGGGAAGCCCCUCAGUGCGCCCCGGGAUGCCCCAGGCCGUGAUGGAGCCGACGCGCAAGCGCACAGCGCCGCAGCAGGUGCAGCAGCAGCAGGUGCAGCAGCAAGUGCAGCAGCAGCAGCAGCAGGCAACCCAGAGCCGCAGCAGGAGUGCCAAGAGGAGGAAGAUGGCUGACAAAAUUCUCCCUCAGAGGAUCCGGGAGUUGGUUCCUGAGUCCCAGGCCUACAUGGACCUGUUAGCAUUCGAACGCAAACUGGACCAGACCAUUAUGAGGAAACGUGUGGACAUUCAGGAAGCCCUGAAGAGGCCAAUGAAGCAAAAGCGGAAACUGAGGCUCUACAUCUCCAACACCUUUAACCCUGCGAAGUCCGACGCUGAUGACUCUGAUGGCAGCAUUGCGUCCUGGGAGCUGCGGGUGGAGGGGAAGCUCCUGGAUGAUCUCAGCAAGCAGAAGCGGAAGUUUUCCUCCUUCUUCAAGAGCUUGGUCAUUGAGCUGGACAAAGACCUGUAUGGACCCGACAAUCACCUGGUGGAGUGGCACAGAACCCCCACGACCCAGGAGACCGAUGGCUUCCAGGUGAAACGGCCUGGCGACGUGAGUGUGCGGUGCACACUCCUCCUCAUGCUGGAUUACCAGCCUCCACAGUUUAAACUGGACCCACGAUUAGCGCGCCUGCUGGGGAUACACACGCAAACCCGGUCAGCCAUCAUCCAAGCCCUGUGGCAGUACAUCAAAACAAACAAGCUGCAGGAUUCGCACGAUAAAGAAUACAUCAACUGUGACAAGUACUUCCAGCAGAUCUUUGACUGUCCACGGUUAAAGUUCUCCGAGAUCCCGCAGCGACUCACGAACCUGCUGCUGCCCCCGGAUCCCAUAGUGAUAAACCACAUCAUCAGCGUUGACCCCAAUGACCAAAAGAAGACAGCAUGUUAUGACAUCGAUGUGGAAGUGGAAGAUCCCCUGAAAGGACAGAUGAGCAGCUUUCUCCUCUCUACGGCCAACCAGCAGGAGAUUACUGCACUGGACAACAAGAUUCACGAGACAAUCGAAUCCAUAAAUCAGUUAAAGAUACAACGUGACUUCAUGCUGAGCUUCUCCAAAGACCCCAAAGGGUACAUCCAGGACCUCCUCCGGUCCCAGAGUCGGGAUCUCAAGGUGAUGACAGAUGUGGUUGGGAACCCUGAGGAGGAACGGAGAGCUGAAUUUUAUCAUGAGCCCUGGUCCCAAGAGGCUGUGAGCAGAUACUUCUACUGCAAGAUCCAGCAGCGCCGGCAGGAACUGGAACAGUCUCUGGGAGUGCGUAACACAUAAACACCACUCACGAAACCCCACUGGCACCGUGCUGGGGGACUUCUCCGUGUUACUUAGCUCACUGUUACACACGGACCUGCUUAGUGACUGGACAAGAAUGUGCCAUAGUAACACCAGUCCGAACACCAGCUGUAGAGCGACCCUUGAGAAUCCUGCCAGCGCAGGCAUCUCCAACCAUCUUUGUCCAGAGAGGGCAUCCAAUCCCUGUCCCCAUACAGUGUCCCCAGCAAUGAAACUACAGGUUCAUCCAUCCACUUGCAUCAUUAAGUUGUAGUGGGAAGUUCAGCACCAUACAGCAACCACAAUGGACUAUACCAGAGUUAUGGGCAGGGGGUUAGCAUGAGGGGUACAGAAAACCAUGAAUACAGAGAAAUAAAGACAUGGUUCCAGCUAGGAGCUGAGACCCUUUCCAGCAUUCAGCACCAGCAAGUCCUUAGGAUCGAGCAGAAUGUCCUCUUGCCCAGCUGUGAAAUCCUUCAGCUACCGAAACACACCUCCCCUGCCAGCCAGAGCAGUGCCAGGGCUACCUCACCCUGGAGAAGGGGAACAAGGAGGAAUUAAACGACAAAGCAUCACAAAUAGCAAGGUACGGCCCGGCCACGUCUUCUGCAAGAUCUGCCCCCCCACAUGAAAGCCCGAGAAAAACUGUCACAAGGCAGGCCAGGAGCUCACAGAGAUGACGCAGUGCUCUGUAUGGAGAGGAAGAGCACCGAUUCUGAUCAGGACCCCAGGCGUCCUUGGCAGCAGCACCGCUAGAGCCAGCUGCAUUCUGGGAAAGCUGAAGAAACCAGAGGUUCUUUGUUGGGAACCACUUUGAAGUACCAGGUGCUAGUGGAAAGCUGAUGUGUCAGUCACCUGGUAUUAGCAGAAGCUGGUGCGUCAGCCACCCAGUGUCUCUGCUGUUCUUCUGCGCUUGGCUUCUCAUUAGGGACCAGUGCUCAAGCAAAGGAUUCUGGGUCCUGAGGUGCUGCCAAGUCCUAGCUGAGCAAUGUUGCAGCAUGGCAGAGUGGGGCUGUGGCUUCUCCUUUCCCUGAGGCUGCCGGGAGGCACAAAGGGCAGAUGCCUGCGUCUUCACCACCACUGCCUCCUCGAUCUCGCACAAGGAGCGGCAUGCCUGGUUUGUCACGGCUGUACUCCACAGUACAUUUUCUCUCCAUGUUGCCCUCUCUGCCCCCGAUGUCCUCACAGGUCUCCCCCAGUAACAACUCAUCCUUCUCUGGUGACCCUCCGGGUUUCUCCUGCCCAGUCCAUGCACCUUUUCUGCAGUCAGUGUUUGCUCUGCCCACUGUAUCCAGAGAGCGGCGGAGGCACUUGACUUGCAGCUGAAACUCAUGCGAGAACCUUGCUGCAGAUCACUGUGUCCUGGGCAGCAAGGCCUUCCAUUGUGAGAAGGGCUGGUGCCUCAGCGCUUUGGUGAGGCUUUUGCAGUCCUUGCACCGUGCCAAUGCCACAGUCUGACAUGGGGACUAAUGAGGUGCUGGGGAGCAAAGACCAUUUAGAUCUCACUUACUGUAGGACUUUUAACCUGACCACAGGCAAAUUUUUCUGAAGGGAACCAGAGUGGGUCAUCUGCUAUUGUGCUUCCAUAUUUAUUAGGCUGCUGUGUCAGUUGUGUGCAUGCUGUCCAGUGUAAAAGCUCUUUUCUGUAUGUGGUAAAUCGAGCAGCUACAUUCAGAGGAUUGGCUCAGUUUCCAGGAAUAAGACAUGCAGAAGUAUCCUGGGGGGAUGUCAGAGAAAAGGCAGGGCCAGGCCUUGGGGCUGGGACGACAGCACAUGGACCCAGAGUACUUAGAUUAAGGAACUCUCCCAGCAGUGCCACACACCCGCACUGAGGAGUGCUGCUGGGGUAGGCAUGAAGCCCUUGCUGCUUGUAGAAGCUUGACUGACUUCCAGCUGGAACUGAACACAUCUGCUUUAGAACCUCCUUUAACGGUGUAACCACCCAGGGGAACUGCCGCAGCAUCACGCGGAUGUUUACUUUCCACUGCAGUGUACUGUACAGGUGCCAGAUACAAACUCAAACGUACCCCGGAAAGGUGCCCUGUCACGGCUGUUUUAUCAUAGUGGCCACCCUCCCCUAGGCCUUAUAUACACCACAAUUGCUCUUCCCCAACAGUUAUCCUUAGGAGUGGCCGAUGGCUGUUUCCCUUGGGUAAAUGGGGUUUGGGAGUUUGUGCCUGUCAUGUUUGGGAGCAGUGAAAGGGCAGGUCUGGAAUGCAGUCCCCUAGAAACAGAAACUGUCCCUGCUCCAACUGCGCAGCCAGGAGCCGGAGCUAGGGUUAUUGGCAAUGUGGGCAAUUGCCCGCAAGGAACAGCAAAGGAGCACCACUGGGAGGUGCAGGGCCAAACCUGCACUGCUGGGCACUGGCAGAAGGUGGAGGGACUCGGCUACCUUGUCAGCUUGGAAGGCUCUGAAUAAUAAACCUGGUCUGAGCUCAACAAGAGGUGGCUUUCACUUCAGGCGUGGAGGAGGUUUAGCGAGGCUGAGGAUUCAUCAGUUGUCCAGUAGCAACCAAUGAAUGUUGCAACAAGAGGUCUCUCCCAUGCCAGAGAAGGAAGGUUGAUAUAUGAUGUGCGGGCCUCUGGGUCAUAGUUAAGACCCAGGGGACAGUGCUGGGGAAGUAAAGCCCUGUCAAGUGCCAAGAUGGGGAUGGAGAAGUUGUGUCCUGGGGCUGAGGAUGGGUUGAAGUGGCAGGUUUCAAGCAGUCAUUUAUCAUUGCUGCUUUUGACCAAUGGUUGAGGAAUGGGAGUGAGAGCUGCCUGGGAACUGCAGGAGGGGACCACAUGUGGUCAGUGACCUGCAGCACAGAAUACAGCAAUGGGAGGAGAUGGAGCAGAGAGCCCUUGAAGUGCCAUAAGUCAUAGCACAGCAUAAUGUGUGGAGUAUUAUGUGGGUAUAGCAGAGUCCAUGUGAUGCAAUAGAGUGAGUGAGUGAGUGUGUGUGUGUGUGUGUGUGUGUGUGUGUGUGUGCACGCACACGUGAGCACAUACUCGUGUGAAUAGAGAGAGCAAGUGAGCACGAUGGCCAGUCUGGUAACUGCUGUAUAGCCUGGGAAAUGGGCAGGUGGAGGCCCAGCCUACAGGUCUAUGGAAAACUUCAUUUGUAUUCAGGUAGUUUCCACCAGUACUGAUGCUGGCUUUGCUGAGCCACACAGCAGCGUUUGCAGCUCUGGUGCAGACGAACACACCUGCACCAGUGCCUCAUUCAAACCCAUGAGGAUGGGGCUGUAGGGCAACACUGGGGCAGCCGUCGAGGUGUCUGUGCUGGGGCUCCCAAUUCUGCCGACACUGGCCAGUCAGGAUUUCCUGGUGAGGGCCCCUCCCUGGGCUGUGGGAGACAGUGCAGGGAAAGGAGGCUCCGUGUUCCUGAAGCGAUCCCUCCCUACUGUCUGUAGCUGCUCUGUUGUUCAGUGAGAUGUUUCUGUCCCAUCAGAUCUUGUGCCACAAGCGGCUUUGCCAAUCGUGUCCAGGAAUGGAACUCCAUAGAAAAAAUUGUGUGUGGGUAAGUGUGUGGGUGGGUGUGUGUGUGUGUGUACGAGAGAGCACGGCUCUCUCUACUCUGUAGCCACCAUAUCUUUGUUGUAUGAUGCAGAGUGAUUCGUAGAAAAAGCUUUUAACAAUAAACACUUUGUUCCUUUGUAUCCUGUGCACUUACCUCAUGUCUGUCCACCAAGCAGGCCCUAGCAGUGCCUCAGUGAAGCGCUUUUGGGGGGGGCAGUGGGGAGGCAGCUUUCACACUAUUCUCAUUGAAAAUAACUGGAACAUCCCUUUCUGAGAACUCCAAGGACAUCAGUUCCCACAAGGUCCCCAGCACAAUGUGGAGGACGUGGACUCCAGUCCAACCCGGGGGGCAAAGUGACUCGCAUUCAAGCCCAACUAUAAUGGGAAUUGAUAAACCUGUGGCCUUCUCUGCAGCUCCUCUUCACCAUCACAACUGCCUGUUGGAAAAAGAAUGGUCCCUGUGAAUAUUUUCCCACCACUCCCAGCUUUCAUGUGAUCAGCUGGUUGUCUCCUGGUCUUGAAAGGGAGCUGGACAAUAGUAAGGUCCAGCUCCCUGGGCCCUCAUCACCAUGCCCAUCUCUGCAGGGCUCCUCCGAUUCAUUU